CUGCGCCGUAGGGGACGGAAGGACUGACAGACUGUUGUGUGCCGCAGCUGUUGUCGGAGCUCCACUGCUGAGGACGCGAUGUCGGGGCUCUCCUUCCCGCUUCUUUGCGUCGCCACCUGCCUGGCUGCGCGCUGUGUGCUGUCGGCGAGUCCGAACACUACCCUGCCCUAUAACGUGACUUCAGAGCCCACCAAGAUAACCCCAACGAACUCGACGACUCCCGCGCCGAACACCACUGCAACACCAGAAACCUGUGAAAGCCACCAUGACUGUGUAUCCUGUGCUAAUACUUCCUGCUUUUGGAUAGAAUGUAAAGAAGCAAAAAAGAGCCACUGUUCACAUAAUUCAACAGCUAGUGAUUGCCAUGCAGUGAACAACACAGAACUCUGUUCUGUGCCCACUGCCACUCCAUCGCCAACCAGUUCUACAGCUAAAACCACAACUGUGCCUUCCUCUACUACAGCUUCCACCACAGUUCCUACAUCAGUUACGCCAAAUACCACUUUGACUCCAACAUCACGACCUGGGCGAAAGUCUACCUUUGACGCAGCCAGUUUCAUUGGAGGAAUCGUCCUUGUCUUGGGUGUACAGGCUGUAAUUUUCUUCCUCUAUAAAUUCUGCAAAUCUAAAGAACGAAACUACCAUACUCUGUAAAACACAUCAAAUUGACACAGACUGCCGGUUCAUUCGUGUAAUUCACAGAAACCAAAAUAAUAUCUUUCAAGAUGUCCCACGUGAAAGACGCUGUUCAAGGAUUUUUAAGUUUCCAAAGGAUGCAUAUAGGAUAUUUUCGAGCGUGGUUCUUGAAGAAAAAUCAGUUCUAUCUUUUUGCUCAACAGGAAUAUUUAAAGUAUUCUGCAUGAAUCCUUGUGGCUGUCUUAUUUUAAACAGCUACUGCUGUGGAAUUAUUUUCUCUUUUCUUGACAUGCCAAAUGUAACUUUUUGCAAGUGAUAGAAAACAUUGUCCUGCACAGACAACCUCAUGGCUCUCUCAGCAGUUUAAAUUUAGUCAUUUUAAGGGUGGAAAGCUGCGUUAUUUUCAUCCUCCCUAAGGAUGUAGUUCAGUGACCAGAAUUGAGAAGAAUGUGCCAAAUGAGCAUCAGUCAGGUGGAGUUUUGGCUAUCAUUUCAAAAGGGGAAUAAACUUAUAAAUUCAGUAGUACUAAACUGUAUCCUUAGAGUAAAAUUUCGUGCUUGGUAAGUUAUUUUUUCUACAUUAGAAAUAGGAUGCCACACAGGGAAUUACAUUCCAGAUUUAAAGAAAUGAAUGGAAAAGAUAUAAACCAUUAAUGUAUAGCAGGUUAUUCAUACUUGUACAGCACCUUAUAUCAUUGAGAAAAUAAAGAACAGUGCCUUAAAAGACAGACCGAAAGGUAGACUGUAACUUAAACGUUUGCGGUUUGUUCUUUCACGUUAAGGAAAGUAAAGGUUGCUCUGACGAUGUAACUGUUGAUGCGAGCAGUAGGAAACCUUUUAGAUACCAUACUGCUGGUAUUUGAAAACGCACCUACUUUAUUUCAGAGCUGAGUAACUUAAGCUAAACGAUGUUAUACAAAGUUGAAAGCAUUCACAUAUUAAACCUCCAACUUUUUUUUAAAUGGCUGUUAAAGUAUAAUUAGAGAUAAAAUUGGUUUAAUUUUUCCUUUAUACUUCAAAAAUGUAUCCUAACACUGUUGUACUUCAGAAGGAUUUCCACCAGGCUUACUUGAAAAGGAACUUCUUUCAUGAGUCAAAAAGGAAAUAAGAUGUUUUAGAAUCAUUUACUAAAUGAGAUGAUCAUUUUAGUUUUUUCAGAUGACAUGUGACCAGUGUAAUUUCAGAAAAUCUAAGGAUUUUUGGUCGAUCAGAUUACUGUAUGAUUGCCCUAGCUGAAUAGAAAGAACUUUCUCUUUUUCUUCUGUCCUUCCCAUGCUUAGUGGUGUUGCAAUUCCUGUAGUGUAGUGAACAUACAUACUUCUGUAGUUUUCUUAGGAAGUGCUAGUUUUGGGUUUUUUUUUUUUUUUUUUUUUCUUUCUCAAUUUUAGAACAAAUUAAAAGGGUUACUGUCCUCUCUUUUUGACUCGUUGGAUUAGUUCAGAGAAUUACAUUAGUUUAAAGUAGGCCUUUGGUUUUUCUAGGUCGUUACAGUUUUUCAUUUUAGUUUCUUUUAGCCUAUAGUGGGUGAGUUUAGCACUUGGUUUUCAAUAUUUUAUGGUAGGAAAUGGUAAAUCACUUUGGUCCAUUUCAAAAACCAAAACUUGCAUUUAGCUAGUUAUAUUAAAAGUUGUUAAAACGAAGAUUUACUGUUUCUUUGUUAACUUGCUGGUACAGCUGAAGUUUAUUUUACUUGCACAUUUGUACAUACACUUAAUAUUUUCAAGUGCCUUAAUUGUUUAAAAUCUCUGGCUUGAAAGGAUUUGGGGGAAAAAGUAGGUUAGUUUAGGUUACGUUUUUGGGUUUCCCUUAGUAAUAUUCCAGGUACCUCAGAAAAUUUUCCAGAUCCCAUGGCUGUUAGUUGAUACAAGAUUCUUUUGAAAAUUUACAGAAUUUCCAUUCCCUCCAAAGUGGCAAAAAAAUCAGCUACAAUGGUAUAAUUAUCAUUUACUCAGAUAGGAAUACUUCACCAUACAUCAGUGUUAACACAUACAGCAAAAUUUUAUGAAGAUGUAGCUUGAUUUGAAGCCUCUUAUCUGGAAUUUUGGGCACCACUCCAACAAAAUCAUAUGAAGUUAGAUUUUGCAGAUCUACAGAAGAGCUCUUGCAGCACAACUCAUACAGCCAUUUCAGACCCAUUUUCCCCUUUCCUUUAACAAUUUAAUAUCGUGAGCCAUUAAUAAUUUUUUGGGUUUUUUUUUUUAAUCCAGAAGGUAUGUAGAAACCUUUUCAGAUUUUUCAUCUGAUUUGUUCUUGCAGAUGUACUCUGUCAAAUACCUUAUUUUACCUAUGGAUGUUUGUUGCACAGGCAGACACUGCUGUAUUUAGAAGAUUCUAUUUUAGUUCACUCCAAACUGAAAACCAAUCUGUAUCAUGUACCAAAAUGAUUUAAAAUAAAUCUACAUGUUUAUUGACCUAA